CAGCCCCGGGGCCCCCUACGGCUCCCUGCCCAGGGGGUGCCCCAAAAUCAAGCAGGAGGCGCCUCCCUCGUGCACCAUCGCCACGCCGCAGCACGAGUUCCCCUUGGGGAGGCCGCUGCCCUCUAGGACUAACCCUUCCUUGGCGCCAGAGGAGAUGCUGAACAGCAGGGACUGCCAUCCUUCCGCCCAGGGGCUCAGUCACCUGCAGCUGCCCCCCGGCUACCACCCUGCUCCAAACUACCCUCCUUUCCUGCCCGAGCAGCUCCCGCCUAGUGCACUACAGUAUCAAGAGCUGAUGCCACCGGGGAGCUGCCUGCCUGAAGAAACCAAGCCAAAGAGGGGACGCCGGUCGUGGCCCAGGAAAAGGACCGCCACGCACACCUGCGACUAUGCCGGCUGUGGGAAAACCUACACCAAAAGCUCUCAUCUCAAGGCACAUCUUAGGACCCACACGGGAGAAAAACCAUACCACUGUGACUGGGAGGGCUGUGGAUGGAAAUUUGCCCGCUCUGAUGAACUUACCCGUCACUACAGGAAACACACGGGCCACCGCCCUUUCCAGUGUCAGAGAUGUGACAGAGCAUUUUCCAGGUCAGAUCACCUAGCCUUACAUAUGAAGAGGCACUUUUAAUCAGAAGUAGUGGAUCUUUCCCGUACUGCCAUAAGAGAUUCAGUAUUCACAGCACAGACUGUCUUCCACAAGAGGGAGGAGCCCAGUUAAAGCACUACAAGGAAUCAUGGUGAAGUCUUCCAAAGAGUGGAAAUAAUCAAAUGCAAAUGUUGGAACUCUUCUUCUUCUUUUUUUUUUUAAUUAUAAAUUAAAGAAAAACAUUGGGGUCAAUGACUGGAUCUUCUAUCAUUCCAUUUCUAAAUCCAACUUGAAUAUUUCUGGACUACAAAAUGCCAAGGAGUGACUGGAAGUCAAGGAUAUCAGGGUUAAAUAGACUGCUUGUCGGGUGGGGAGGGGAGAUUUACAUUCCCUUAAAUCUUGUUUCAAUGCAAUAUGAGAUGUAAAAGUCAUCUUGUCUUUUUUUUCCUUCUAAAAGCCAUUAUUAUGUUAAAAGAGGAGGAAGAAAUUCAGGUACAGAAUUAUGUUUAAAAGCCUAUUUCAUGGUGCUUAGUGACUGUUGGUUCUAAAGGUACCAAAAACAGGAAGCCAAAGUUCUCAAACUGCUGCAUAUCUGACAAGGAAAUACUUUUGUCUUCCGAUCUACG